GGUGCUUGGGCGCGGGGGGCGGCCUCGAAGGACUCGCGAAGGUUCUAGAGGCGCCGCGUGCGGGAGGCGGGCCGAGAUCUCUGGCAGGGUCGGGUGUGCCCUCAGGCCGCGGCCACUGUGAAAGGUGCCGGUGCUGUCUGCGCUCGGGGUGAGCGCGGUCAGUGCGGCGUUUCCUGUUCUCGCCCCUGCGCCGCUGCAGCUUGGGCCUUCCCUCACGCAGCCCGAGCAUGGCUUCAUCUGUGGAGGAGCUACAGAAAGAUCUAGAAGAGGUGAAGGUGCUGCUGGAAAAAGCCACUAGAAAAAGAGUACGUGAUGCCCUGACAGCUGAAAAAUCCAGGAUUGAGACAGAAAUCAAGAAUAAGAUGCAGCAGAAAUCACAGAGGAAAGCAGAACUUCUGGAAAACGAAAAGCCAGCCGCUGUGGUUGCUCCUAUUACAACAGGAUAUACAGUGAAAAUCAGUAAUUAUGGAUGGGAUCAGUCGGAUAAGUUUGUGAAAAUCUACAUUACCUUAACUGGAGUUCAUCAAGUCCCCGCUGAGAAUGUGCAGGUGCAUUUCACAGAGAGGUCAUUUGAUCUUUUGGUAAAGAAUCUAAAUGGGAAGAGUUACUCCAUGAUUGUGAACAAUCUCUUGAAACCCAUCUCUGUGGAAGGCAGUUCGAAAAAGAUCAAGACAGAUACAGUUCUUAUCUUAUGUAGGAAGAAAGCAGAAAAUACACGGUGGGACUACCUGACUCAGGUUGAAAAAGAAUGCAAAGAGAAAGAAAAGCCCUCCUACGACACCGAAACAGAUCCUAGUGAGGGAUUAAUGAAUGUUCUAAAGAAAAUUUAUGAAGAUGGAGAUGAUGAUAUGAAGCGAACCAUUAAUAAAGCCUGGGUGGAAUCAAGAGAGAAGCAAGCCAAAGGAGAUACAGAAUUCUGAGACUUUAGUCUUUUUGGGAACUGUGAUGUGGAAAUAUCGAUGUUUCCAACGAGGACAUGUUGGUGAGCUGCACAGAUAAAUUUGACAUAUAACUACUUACACAGUCUAAGUAAAGGCAAUGAAUUCUCCAUUUCCUGCUGGAGGAUUUAUUUAAAUAAAAUAUGCUUAUUAAACAAACACUCCCUCCAAAGAUGGUUUCCUUAGUAACCGGGUCAUUUUAUUCAAGAAAAGGGUAAUGUAUUCUAGUGUGAAAUGUAAAGAAACAAGUCUUCUUACCUAAUGAAAAUGCCACAUUGUGUGUAUUAUUGUUCAGCUAAGGGGUAGAAACAAGUUAUUGCUUGCCUUUCAGUUCUGACAUCAGCUCCCGCCAAUGUAAGAAUAAAAAUAAAACGUGAAUUUUUGCAUAAAA